GGGCUGGAUAUCACAUGGUGAUGGUGAAGGAGCCCUACUGUAACCUGGGGGAGAUCUCCCGCCUCAUCUGUCAGUACGUGCCCAACGCCACCAUGGAGAGCAACGCCGGGGCAGAGCUGUCCUUCAUCCUGCCCAAGGAGAGCACCCACAGGUUUGAGGCCCUCUUCACAGAGCUGGAGCAGAGGCGGGAGGAGCUGGGCAUUGCCAGCUACGGCGCCUCGGUCACCACCAUGGAGGAGGUCUUCCUGAGGGUUGGGAAACUUGUGGAUUCCAGCAUGGAUAUCCAGGCCAUCCAGCUGCCUGCUCUCCAGUACCAGCACGAGAGACGCUCCAACGACUGGGCCAUGGAUGACUCCAGCAGCCUGAGUGGCAUGACAGAUAUGACGGAUGACAGCGGGGCACUCAUCACAGAGGACUGCUCCAGCAUCAAGCUCAACACCGGGUUCUACCUGUGCUGCCAGCAGUUCUACGCCAUGUUCAUGAAGCGUGCCAUGUACAGCUGGCGCAACUGGAAGAUGGUGGCGGCGCAGUUCCUCGUGCCUCUGAUCUUCACUGCCUUCGCCCUCAUCGUGGCCAAGACCUUCCCGGGGCCCAGGGACUCCUCGCAGCUGCGGCUGACGCUGGAGCCCUACGGGCAGACCGUGGUGCCUUUCUGGGCCUCGCCCACCUCGGCCCUGGCGCAGCAGCUGGCGGGGCAGUACCUGGAGCUGCUGGAUGCCCAGCGCCAGGCGCCGCUGGAGGUGCUGGGUGGCCUGGAGGACUACCUCAUCUCGAGAGCCUCUGAGGAAGGGGGAGCCUUCAACGAGCACUACAUCGCAGCCGCCUCCUUCGAAGGGGCCGGGAACCGCACGCUGGUCACCGCCCUCUUCAACAACCAGGCCUACCACUCCCCGGCCACGGCCCUCAUGCUGGCUGACAACGCUGUCUUCAGGCUGCUGGCGGGCCCCAACGCCUCCAUCACAGUCACCAACUACCCUCAGCCCCGCAACAUCACCGAGAAGGCCAAAGACCAGCUCAUGGAGGGCCAGACCGGGUUUGCCAUCGCCAUCAACCUGCUGUAUGGCAUGGCCUCCCUGGCCAGCACCUUCGCCCUGCUGCUGGUCAGCGAGCGGGCCAUCAAAGCCAAGCACGUCCAGUUUGUCAGCGGCGUCUACGUCGUCAACUUCUGGCUCUCUGCCCUGCUCUGGGACAUCAUCAACUUCCUCAUCCCCUGCGCUCUGAUGCUGGUGAUAUUCCAAGCUUUCGACGUGCAAGCCUUCACCCAAGACAGCCACCUCGUUGAUGUGAUGCUGAUCUUCCUCCUGUACGGCUGGGCCAUCAUCCCCCUCAUGUACCUCCUCAGCUUCUUCUUCUCGGUGGCAGCCACGGCCUACACCCGCCUCACCAUCUUCAACAUCCUCUCGGGCACAGCCACCUUCCUGGCAGUCACCAUCAUGAGCAUCCCAGAGCUGGGCUUGGUGGACCUCUCCAAAACCCUGGAUAAAGUCUUUCUUGUCUUGCCCAAUUACUGCUUGGGUCAAUGCAUCAGUGACUUCUACCAGAACUAUGAGUUCAUUCAGUUUUGUACCUCCUCUGUUGAAGCCAUCUUCAUCUGCAAGGCAUUCAAUAUCAGCUAUCAGAUGAACUACUUCUCCUGGGAGACGCCUGGGAUCGGGCGGUACCUGACCUCCUUGACCAUCCAGGGUUUCUCUUUCCUCUUCGUCCUUUUCCUCAUUGAGACCAACCUCCUCUGGAGACUGAGAACCUUGGUCUGUGGCAUCUGCAGGCGGCGCAAGUGGGUGGCACUGCUGAACAGGGUGUCUGUGCUGCCAGAGGACCGGGACGUAGCAGAUGAGAGGAAGAAGGUUUUGGAGUCGCCCCCAGAACUGCUGUCAUCUCUCAGCAGCCCUCUGGUCAUCAAGGAGCUCACCAAGGUCUACGACAGCCGGGAGUCCCUGCUGGCGGUGGACAGGAUCUCCUUGGCAGUCAGCAAAGGGGAAUGCUUUGGCCUUCUGGGCUUCAACGGAGCAGGCAAAACCACCACCUUCAAGAUGCUGACUGGUGACGAGAGCAUCACGUCGGGGGAUGCCUUUGUGGAUGGCCACAGCAUCCUGGCCAACAUCAAGAAGGUGCAGCAGCGGAUCGGGUACUGCCCCCAGUUUGAUGCCCUGCUGGAGCACAUGACGGGCCGGGAGACGCUGGGCAUGUACGCCCGGCUGCGGGGCAUCCCCGAGCGCUACAGCGGCAGCUGCGUGGAGAACAUGCUGCGGGGGCUGCUCCUGGAGCCCCACGCAGACAAGCUCGUGAGGACCUACAGCGGUGGGAACAAGAGGAAGCUGAGCGCUGGCAUCGCCCUCAUCGGGGGCCCCCCUGUCAUCUUCCUGGAUGAGCCUUCCACUGGCAUGGACCCCGUGGCCCGGCGUCUGCUCUGGGACGCAGUGACACGGACACGGGAGUGUGGCAAAUCCAUCAUCUUCACCUCCCACAGCAUGGAGGAGUGCGAGGCCCUGUGCACACGGCUGGCCAUCAUGGUGAACGGGCAGUUCAAAUGCCUGGGCAGCCCCCAGCACCUGAAGAGCAAGUUUGGCAGUGGCUACACCUUGCUGGCCAAAACACGGAGCGAGGAGGAGGGCGAGCUGCUGGCCUUCAAGGCCUUCGUGGAGAAGACUUUCCCAGGCAGUGUCCUGAAACACGAGCACCAGGGCAUGGUGCAUUAUCACUUGACCAACAAGAACCUCAGCUGGGCGCAG